AGAAAAAUCCAGCACACCAUGGAAACAGGGACGCUCCCGUUUAUUGUUAGCACCUACAAAUUUGUUUUCCUAUUCGGUUUUGUGUAUUUGAAUUCAGUUCACUGCCAACAGUAUGUAAUUCCUUUUCAAACCCCCUCAGACUGCGAUGUGAAAGAGUUCUUCGACAUCUCCAGUUUGUCGUGUGGGAGCUGUGGUGAAAAUCAACAACGCAGCGCAGCAGGGCUGAGUUGCAUUUGCCAAAGUGGAUUCCGUACAGUCACGACUGACCAGACUUCCAUUGCGUGUGAGCCUUGUCCAGAAGACAAGCCUGCAGUAACUCAAGAUGGUUUUGGGUGCAUUCGUUGCCCAGGCAGUACAACUGAUGAGGGGCAGUGCCAGUGCCCUGCCGGACAUAUCCUCCUGGAGAGGGAUGUCCAUGGAAACCUUUUGGAUGAGGCCACAUGUGAGAUGUGUAAUGGAAAUGGAUCCGCUUUCUCAGUCCCAAAUAGCAGCGGUGACAGGUGCGAGAGAUGUCAGGCUUCCUUCAUCAAAAGCUCUUGUGUGUGUAACCCUCCCUCUGUGCUGACAGGAGGGUUGUGUAUCCCACCAGGAAGCCUUUCCAUAAAUAUUAAUCCCAGUGUCAACUUUGCUCAGUUGAAGUUCAGCAUCGUGUCUGCCUGGUUCCUCAAAAAUCUCUACUCAUCCGCAGCAGCCUGCCUUAAUUUCUCCAACCUGACGGCGUGCCAGGCCCUCGGCAACAUGUGCGUGAUGAACAUGCACUCCUUCAGCGGCGCGAGCGUUGAUGCCUGUGGCCUCUUUAACGCCGUCUUCAGAUCGCAGGCCGCCUUUAGCUCCACUCAAGACAUCUCCUACUGGAGACAUAAUCUACCAUGGCUUUAUUAUGGCGAUGAACCAGGAUUGGCAAGUCGAGUCCUUCAGACGGAUCCAGUCCCAGUAAACUUUAUUUUCAGAGGAAGAAACAAGAAUACGGAGAUUAAGCUGCUUGCUGCCGUUUAUAGUGUCAGAGGCGACUUUCUUCGAUGGGAAACCAUUGGAGGAGCCAAUCUCCAGAUUUGUCCAGAAACAUCCAUUAAACGGACAUCAGCAUUCAGUUUUGGCACCGCUUACCAAGAAAGUUGUGAUCUUUCAGUCGCAGACCUGCUGCGUGCGUAUCCUGAGCCGCUGUUUUAUGAUGUGUUUCUGGACCUCGGCGGAGAAGAGAGCAGAAAACUUCUCCCUUUGCCCACAUUGGUCCUUAACCAGCAAUAUAAUGGAAAGUUCAUUAACCAAGGUGGGAUUUGUUUUUGUGCGCAUGCGUAUGAUUGUACGGUAUGCCUCAUGCUUUGCUCUCAUACAGAAAGCAUGACCAACUGGUACCUGUCGCGGCGUAUGUUUCUUGUGGACGCGCUGAGUGGCAGGGAGAAAAUUCCAAGCCUCCUUCCUAAAGUCAUCCGCAUUGCCAACUCUGUGAAAAUAAGGUUCCGAUUGGUUCCAGGCACACAACAGGGUCAGGUCUUCCCCCCACUGAUGAGCGUGGAGUACAAAGAUGUAUUGGUCACCGAUGUCAACACACAAACUGUGUCUAUGAGCUUUGCCGUGGAGUAUGAGAUGGAUCAGAAUGAGGCUCGCCUGAAGACGGAUACUGCUCUGGGUGUGUUGGCUGGUCUGGCUGUGCUCUUGUCAGUGCUCAAAACAGUCAGCUGGAAGAGGAGGAUCGCCUCACCUGUCAUCGAUUUGAGGACCAUGCUGAUGUUUUUCUUGUUUUACGCCGGAGAUCUGGCCAAUGUUUUCCUUGCCGUCACUGUGGGAACUGGACUUUACUGGCUCAUCCUUUACAAGGCCCAACAGCAUGCCUCGGUGUUAUUGCCGCUCCCUCAUCAAGAGGAGCAGUUUGUGACGUACAUCUGCUGUACGUUUGCUCUUAAGACAGUGCAGUUCCUCCACAAGCUGAUUGUGCAGUUAUCUGUAGACGUCUUCUUCAUUGACUGGGAAAGGCCACGCAGCAAAGCAAGCAGGAAUGUGCCAGCCAACGGCCAGCAGAAACGUGACGCCUCACCUGUCAGCAUCUGGAGAACCUACUUUGUAGCCAACGAGUGGAACGAGAUCCAGACCAUCCGCAAGAUUCGGCCAAACUUCCAGAUCAUGGCUGUGCUCUUCUUCCUUGAAGUGUUGGGUUUCUCCAAUUUAGCCCUGAGGGACCCCUGGCCAACUCUGCAGCGCCCCCCACAAGUGUACACACCUUCAUACAGCCUUAUCAUGCGCUAUGGUCUGUCGGCAACACUCUGGCUGUGCAUUGGACUUCUGCAGGUCCUUUUCUUCACCGUAUUUUAUGAGCAUUUUGUGGAAGACAAAAUCCGCCAGUUUGUGGAUCUCUGCUCAAUCAGUAAUAUUUCCGUGCUUGUCUUACCUCAGCGCUGUUUUGGCUACUACAUCCAUGGGCGCUCUGUCCACGGCCACGCUGAUACCAACAUGGAGGAAAUGAACAGCAAUCUCAGAAGAGAAGCUGAGUCACUGUGUGGCCAACGAGGUCUUCUUCCCAACACAGACAUGCAGACUUUCCAGGUGGCCCUUUCCGCACGGUUGCGCUCACAUUACGACAGGAUACGGGACUCUUUCACCAGGCGACACGGACCAUCAAGGCUCAUGGACGGGCCCUCAUUCAACCAGUCUGACCAAAACAUCCGAGCCUACCAAACCAUGAACCACUUUCUUGGAUCAGUCAUAGAUCAUGCCCACCCUGACAUGGACUACAUUGUAAGAGACAAACUGGCGUUGGAGAGGGUCAUGGGCAUGGAGUUCCUUGAACCGAAUGAUAAGAGCAUCUUUUAUAAUGAUGAAGGACACUCCUUCAGUGAUACACUCUAUUAUGGAAAUGAGGGCACACUGCUGAUAUUUGACACCCUGUUCUUCUGCGUUGUCGACCUCGCUUCUCAGAACUUUGUACUUGCUGCUAUCCUUACAUACUUACAGCAAAUGAUCUUUGAAAGGAUUCGCAAUUCUUUCGGAAGGAGAAACCUCGUCAACAAAACACUGGUGGAUGACAGAUUUUUGAUAUGAUCACUUCUGGUAGCCGUGUUGUUAAACUGUAAUUUAUGCUUGGUUUUUAUGUUACAGUAUUUGCAAUUCACUUUUGAAGACAUUUUUACAUACAUAUUCCUAGUUGUGGUAUAUAUUUCCAUGUCAAUUUAUUUUUAUCGAUUAAAGCAUUUUUACAGUAAUUUUAA